UCCACUUCUCUCAUCAAUUCAACCUUCGCCAACACACACACACACACACACACACACACACACGCACACACAAAGGCCAGAGGACUAAACCAUGGCCCCGCCGUUCGCCGACCCACCCCGCUUCGAUAACAGCGGCUGUGGUCCACUCGCUGUGCCUGGGUUUGGGUUCCCCUUAGAGCACGAACUACAUCCUGAGGAUCGAUUCACUCAUGGCGUACGCGAGUGGUUCCAGGAGCCAAACAUCACAGCCCGGGAGCUUGCCAUGCUUUGCUUGAUGGACAACAUCACCGACAAACCUACAUGGUCGACAGAUGUCUUCGACGACACGAUUGUCUUGCAGUUAGGCCAAGAAGCAAUGCGUAGCCAUCUAAUCAGUCCAAAAGCGUGGGACUGGUGUCUCUUAGAGUUGCAAGACAAGGCUCGUUUCUACCAAAGUACUGGUCGUAUCUUGGUCUACAACACUGGAGUUGUCAUUUGCAAGUCAAAUCUUAAGGUGGAUGAGGAGACAUGGACCGUCAUUAAAGAUGAGCUUUCAAUCUUGGAGCCAUCAUCCCACUCCGAUACAACCAUCCUCGAUUCCUUGUCUGGUACUCCCCAACAAACACACAGGCUCGUUGAUCCUUUCCUGUAUCCCCUCGUAUACGGCAAGUCAAGAGUCUUGGCUAAAGGGGGACUGGUUCCCCUUAACGACAUGUUCCAGCAACUAAGCAAGUGUAAUAUAGCUCCAAAUAUACCUGUCGAAGGCUAUCAUCUCCUUCAUCGUACGACUCUUGCAGCCGCUUCUAGGUGGAAGAUGCACCGUCAAAGAGGACCGUCAUGGUCGACAAAUUUCCAGCGGUUGCCUUGCGAAGUAGACUUCUUAGAGGAACCCAGCAAAGGCGUUCGCAUCACCUCAUACAUCAACGGUCUGCAUCCUCGGAACCAUGGUCUAUAUCAUGCUAUCGAGAGACUUAUUUCGACAUCUAUCGAGCCUUGGAAUGACGUCUUGAUCAAACAAGGUUGUGGGCACUUUCCGACACGCAUCAAGACGUACGGCGUCUCAUAUGGGCCGCCUAGCCCUGACUUCGACCGCUUUACUGAAGCAGGAAAGCAUCCUGGGAGUGAAUCUUACUAUGCUGCGAUUGAAGACGCCAAGGCAUACUGUGCUCAGCCUGACGACUUCCCAUACGAUUCCUCGGACGACGAAGUGGAUUAUCCUUGGCUGGAAUACGGCAUGCCUGACGAUUGGGAUGCCUGGUGUAGAUCUGGGAAGGACUUAGCCCGCCCAGUGCGUGGCAAGUACUUUCGCCUUUAUCACUUUGUGCAUCCUGAGCCCGGUACCGCGUACACCUAUCAGCAGUGGAAAGCCGGACAAGCAUGGGAAGCCAUCGUAAAAAGAAAGCCUACGGACCACCAACCGGUUGUAGAGGAGAAAACAGCGCAGAUUCCCCAUAAAGCAUAUAGGGUUGCUCUCCACGAGGCUUUCCAGCAGAAGGGGUUGCAAGUCAUAGUCAAGAUAGACAGGAUCGAACUGAACCCUAGCGAACCUAGGUUUCCAGGUAGCGACUGGCACAUCGAAGGCUUACACAAUGAGCAUAUUGUCGCCAACUCUGUGUACAUUCUUGAGGAGGAGAACACAUCGGAGCCUCGCAUCGAUUUCCGCCAAGAAACAAGGCUGGACCCAGAUACAUUCGACCACGAACAUGAUCUUAAAGCUUUCCUGCAAGUCUUUGACGUACCUUACAAACAACAGAUACUUGGAGGAUCUCUUGAAACGCCUCCUUCGUUGCAAAGGCUAGGAUCUGUUAAUCUUCCCGUAGGUCGACUUCUCGCUUGGCCGAAUGUACUUCAUCAUCGUAUCACGCCAUUCGAGCUUGUCGACAAGACCAGACCCGGUCGUCGAACUUUCCUCACCUUAUCUCUUGUGGAUCCUAACUAUCGUAUCUGCUCGACCAGAAACGUACCUCCACAAAAUCAUGUUUGGUGGGCAGAGCAAGCUCUGGCGGCAGCCCUACCUAGAAACGUGGCCGUACCGCGUGAAAUUCUUGACCACAUCGACUCGUACACCGACAACUGGCCGAUGGGCUUGGAAGAAGCAACAAAGGUUAGGGGACAGGUGGUAAAAGAACAAAAGGAUCACGAACGGAACUUAAUGAACUGUCCUUUGGGUUUCUAUGAAUUUAACGUAGACGAGUACAAUCUUGGAGAUUUUCCUAGUUUACCUUGGAUGGAACUCGGAACUUCAUAGUUGAACAGUCUUUUCUCCCAAAUUUAAUUGCGUACUCCAAG